AUCAUCAUGGUCUGCCAAUAUUAAGAAAUAAAAUCAUUGCCGAUUAACAUGUCCAAAUUUAUGAAAUGGUAAAACACAAUGAAAAAAACUAAUAAAGGCCGAGGCAAAAACCCACCAAAGUCUGUAAAAUUAAUUUCAAAACCAUUUUGUGACUGCACUAGACAAUGUUGCUGCCAAACUUGUCCAGAUAUCAAAAAAGAGAUUGGUGUGCCAAUCAUUAAAACUGGUAAAGAUGAUCCGGGAGCAAAAAGAUUCUCUAAGGCCAAUAAGAAAUCAUCGGAAGAUGUCAAAAAUUCGAUACCUAAAAAUCCAAGUAAAAGCGUAGUGCAUGCAACAAGGCCAAGUUUACUGGAUGUGAUGAAAAACCAUCAAGAGUGCAACUGUGAAGCUAUUGCGCGGGCCGUUCGUUCAGACGUACAUAAGAAUCUUGAUUUGCACCAAAAUAGCGCUAGAAACUCUAAAGACAUAGAAAAUAAAACCAAGCCAAUAUGA